GCCAUGGAGACGGCGAAGGCGGGGCCUGCUCUUUCCUCACCGCCCCCCGCGGGUGACGUCAGAGCUUUCCCGGAAGCACAGCUUCUCCUAAGAAGCCCCGAAUAGCGUUCCUUAGGAGCUCCCUAACAUUAAUUAAGCCCAUGGUCAGCCUGUGAGGUAUGGAUGGCUCAAAAUCACCUGCCUGCACCAUGCAGGUCAGCUUUGUUUGCCAGCGCUGCAGCCAGCCCUUAAAACUAGACACAUCUUUCAAGGUCCUUGACAAAGUCACUAUUCAAGAAUUAACAGCUCCUCUGCUUACUACUACUCCAGCAAAACUGGGAGAUGCACAGGAGGAAGAGACCACUAUGACAGAGGAAAUAUUUGUUGAAAACCGCCAGGAUGGUGUGUCCCGAAGAUUCAUCCCUCCAGCCAGGAUGAUGUCAACAGAAAGUGCCAACAGCUUCACUCUGAUCGGAGAGGCCUCUGAUGGCGGCACUAUGGAAAACCUCAGCAGAAGACUCAAGGUUACAGGUGACCUAUUUGAUAUCAUGUCAGGUCAGACAGAUGUAGAUCAUCCUCUAUGUGAAGAGUGCACUGACACGCUUCUGGACCAGCUGGACACACAGCUUAACAUCACAGAGAAUGAAUGCCAGAACUACAAGAGAUGUCUAGAAAUCUUAGAGCAGAUGAAUGAAGAUGACAGAGAGAGGCUGCAACUGGAGCUGAAGGAAUUUGCUCUUGAAGAGGAGAGGCUGAUUGAGGAGUUGGAAGAAGUGGAGCAGAAGCGCAAGGCAAUGGCUGAAGAUUUUGAGAAGGUCAGAGCUGAAGCAGAGCGGCUGGAUCAAGAAGAGGCAGAGUACCAGAAAGAGUACAGCGAAUUCAAGCGACAACAACUGGAACUAGAUGAUGAACUGAAAAGUGUGGAUAACCAGAUGCGCUAUGCCCAAAUGCAGUUGGACAAGCUGAAGAAAACCAAUGUAUUUAAUGCCACUUUCCAUAUCUGGCAUAGUGGACAGUUUGGCACAAUAAACAACUUUCGUCUGGGACGCCUCCCUAGUGUCCCUGUAGAAUGGAAUGAGAUCAACGCAGCCUGGGGACAGACUGUUCUGCUUCUCCAUGCUCUUGCCAACAAGAUGGGCCUAAUUUUUCAAAGGUACCGUCUAAUCCCAUAUGGAAACCAUUCUUAUUUAGAGUCUCUCACAGACAAAUCCAAGGAGCUGCCCCUCUACUGCUCAGGAGGUUUGAGAUUCUUCUGGGACAACAAGUUUGAUCAUGCCAUGGUGGCAUUUCUGGAUUGUGUGCAGCAGUUCAAAGAGGAAGUGGAAAAGGGCGAGACACGUUUCUGUUUGCCUUACAGAAUGGAUGUGGAAAAAGGCAAGAUUGAAGAUACAGGAGGAAGUGGUGGGUCCUACUCCAUUAAGACACAGUUUAAUUCAGAGGAGCAGUGGACAAAAGCACUCAAGUUCAUGCUGACAAACUUGAAAUGGGGUCUUGCCUGGGUCUCCUCCCAGUUCUAUAAUAAAUGAUGGCAAUAACAAAGAAUGGGUUCGCACUGAAACAUGGCUUCAGUUUGUUUCAAAGAUGCCAAAAGCAAGACAUGUGACAGCUGUACAUCACCUUACAGGACCGAAGGGGGAGGGAGCUUUUAAAAUCUUUAAAAUGUUGUCAAGUAAAAUGGAAUAGAAUACUUCAUACCAUGAUUGGGUAUUUGUUGACAAAGCAUGCUGCCACUGGAGAAAGUACCCAAAAUGCUAGCCAGUAAAAAGAAGAAAAACAAGACCCAUCAGCUUCCAGAAUUAAGGGGAGUGACUAUACUUAACUGUAAGAUAUUUUGUGCUUCUUGUUUUGUUACUAUGCUACAAUGCCUUAGGAAGUACAAAAAUAAAUGAGAUCAGUUUAUUAA